AUGGAUGGCACGGGGGGCGGUGCAGGUGGCGGCACCGAGCGGGCCGAAGGAGGUGCGAGUUACGCCACCACCGGCGGCGUACUGCCGGCAAGCUACGCACCCUGCCCCAUGGCAACGGAUUCACUGGACGUGCUGGUUGGCUGCCACGGAACCUAUCCGGAGUACUCUUCACGGCACGAGCAGUCGACCAACGGAACCACCGGUUCCGGUGCCACCGGCAGUGGGCUGUUGAACGGACUAACGUCGUUCCCGGGACGACGGGCCCUGGCGGCCGAUGAGGCACCGUCGGUGCCGCGCAAAAAGAGCUGGUCCGAGCUGAAGAGCAUCGUCAGUGAAACGCGCCGCCAAAUGGCCAUCACAAUGGCCGCUUCCUUUCCGAUGUGCGUCAACUUCCGCACGCUGUCCGAUGGAAGGACCAGAGUGUAUUUUCUCAGUGCACCGGUCAACGGCUGGGACACGAUGCUGUUCUACACGGACGUUCCGGCCCGAGGGGCUCCGGACGGAGACCAGAACCACACCGGUGAGCGGCUGAUGUCACAUGACGAAUCGCAAUCGCAGCAGCAGCCGCGGAUGAUGGAAUGGCAUCCGCUGCUCGAACCGGUCGUGGGACACCUGUCCACGAGCAACUCGCGAGAGGUGCAAUUGCUGCUCGAACGCAAACGCCUCUCGAUCUGGGGCAUCACCUCGUACGAGUUGCACAAGUCGAGCGGAAAAAUUGUCUUCCCGGCGUGCAACACACUCUACCAGUGUCUGGACACCGGCUACGGGGACAGCACACUGUUUCCGUCGGAAUUAAGGAUCUUUCAGCGAGCGGCCGCCGCCAUCGAUCCACAGAUCUGUCCGCACAACUCCGAUCUGGUAGGGUUCGUGUGCAACGGGGACAUCUGGGUGGUGCACACGCACAGUGGGCACAGUGAGCGGCUGACGUACGCGCACGACGGACGCCGCUCGUUUGCCGACGACCCGCUCACGGCCGGUGUACCGUCGUACGUGAUGCAGGAAGAGUUCAGCCGCUAUCAGGGCUUCUGGUGGCAACCGGAAAGUGACGACGAAAUCUAUCGCAUCGUGUACGAGGAGGUGGACGAAAGCGACGUCAGCCUGUACACGUUCCCCUCGUCGCAGUCUUCGGGGCGCGAUCACGAAGAGUAUCGCUUCCCGCGCGCCGGCACCCCGAACGCCAAGUCCAAGCUGAAGCUGGUGCAGUUCCGGUUGUCCGAAAGCCUGCGCAUCACAGACAUCUGCAUCAAGGAGCUGCAGUGUCCGCUAACGUUCGCCUUCCCGUGGCUCGAGUAUAUCGUGCGCGUCGGCUGGACACCGGACUCGAAGUAUGUUUGGGCACAGCUGCUCGAUCGUCCCCAGCAGCGGCUGGAGGUGGUGCUACUGCCGGUGGAUAACUUUUGCGAAAUCUACAGCAGCUUAGCAUCCUCCCCGAAUCCGUGCGCGGCGGCCAGUCACCCCGGGGCGCCCGGCACGGCCAGUCAGUCACAAACGCAACCACAACAGCACCCGCAACAGCAGGGCACGGCGGCGACCGUAUCGUCGUCCGGAUGGCGCUCGCCGCUGGAUAAGAGCACUCGCCCGAUGCAAGUGAUCUACACGGAAACGUCCGCCAACUGGGUGAACGUGCAUGAGCUGCUGCACUUUAUCGAACUGACCGACCACGAGGUUACGUUCCUGUGGGCCUCGGAGGAGACGGGCUUCCGCCAUCUGUACUUGAUCACUUCUAGUCUGGCUACAGGCGGUAGCCAUAGCAACAGUCACACUAGUUGUAGCAAUAAUAGUCAUAGUAGUCAUAGCAACAGCAAUACUAGUUGUAGCCACAGCAAUAAUAGUAGCGCCAAUGCUACGGCACCGAGCGCCGGAAGUCAGCAGCGGGUCACAGCGACGGGUCACUCGGUCGUCGGGGAAUUGUCAGCCAGCGUCGGGAGCACGCUGGUGCCACGUAUCGUUAGCAAGGUGGCCCUUACGGGUGGACCGUGGGAAGUGCUGGGCCGUAACGUGUGGUUCGACCGGGCCCACCGGUUGGUCUACUUUAUGGGCCUCCGGGAGACGCCCCUCGAGAAGCACCUGUACGUGGUGAGCCUCGCGAAACCCAACGCCCUUCGGCUGCUCACCAUGCCCGGGUACUCGUUUACGGUCGAUUUUAAUGAUGACUGUACGAUAUUUCUGCAAACGUACUGCAACAUCUACACGCUGCCAUCGUGGGAACUGAUUAGGAUAAGGCACGGUGAUGGCGACGGUGUCGAGACAGGCGGCAGGGCUUCCACGGCACCGCCCCAGAUGCCACCGGUCGACGCACUGGAACUGAUCUCAGUGGGCUACCUGACGGAAGGUAGACCGUCGGAAAAUACUCAGUACAACCCGUCCAUCCACAGUCCGCGCAUCUCGACCGGGGACGUCCUGUACGCGAUGGUGUUCAAGCCGCACAACUUCGCGCUCGGCGUCAAGUACCCGACCGUGCUGAACGUGUACGGUGGACCGGAGGUGCAAACGGUCAACAAUACGUUCAAGGGCAUGCGCCAGCUCCGGAUGCAUAUGCUCGCCUCGCAGGGCUACUGCGUGGUGUGUGUCGAUUCUCGCGGUUCCCGCCAUCGGGGCGUAGAGUUCGAAUCGUACAUCCGGUGCCGAAUGGGAACGGUCGAGCUGGCCGAUCAGGUGGAGGUGCUACGCAUAUUGGCCGAUCAGCUCGGGUACAUCGACAUGGACCGGGUGGCAAUACACGGCUGGUCGUACGGGGGUUACCUAAGCCUGAUGGGAUUGGUGCAGUACCCGGAGGUGUUCAAGCUGUCCAUUGCCGGUGCACCGGUGACGAGCUGGGAGUACUACGAUACGGGCUACACCGAGCGCUACAUGGACCUGCCGGACAGCAACCGAUCCGGCUACACGGCCGGCUCGGUUCUCAACUACAUCCAGAAGUUCCCGGACGAGGACAAUCGUCUGCUCAUCAUCCACGGGCUGAUCGACGAGAACGUGCAUUUUUACCACACGUCCCAGCUGGUCAAUCGUUUGGUGCGCGCCAACAAACCGUAUCAGCUGCAGGUCUACCCGAACGAGCGGCACUCCCUGCGCAACCUGGAAGCCAGCAAACACUACGAAACGAAGCUGCUCUCCUUUCUGCAGAACCAUCUCUGAACGAAACCCGAACGAUCGACGGCCCGACGCCGCCGCUUCCGGUGCGCGAACUGGAGAGCAUGGCUCUGGUCGGUUUUCCGGUGCUUCCGACCGUCGUGCCCAUGCCGUGCGGGGACUGCCGCCGCAGCUUACUCGCCGGAACACUCUCCGUUGGCUUCCCGCUUGUCAAACUACUCCGACUCCAGCUUGCCACGCCAUCCGUCUACCUUCCUUUCGGUGGCGGAUCUACUACGGAAGCUGCAGCGAUGCCGGAUCGGGCGUCCGCCGUUCAAGAAGCAUCACCGCAGACAAUGAUUACGAUGAGGGCUUCCCGUGUUACGUUUUACUCGCAUCUCGUGUGCUUCCCGCGGCCACAGCAAUGCUCUAGCUUAACCGCGCUCAAACGUGGCGGUGAUCAAUCGCGUGUCGAUCGUAUUUUAAAACCCAUACCAUUGUGCAGCGAUGGUUUCGUAUUAAUUUUUUGCUUGUUUUACCAUGGCCUCAUUACCUUUGCCAAACCAGCCGCCGAACCUAUUGGGUAGGGUGACAAAAACAAAAAACCCGUACGGAUCCCGCGCAAGACACGCGCGUUGGUGGCGAAAAAACAGUUAAAACAUUCGCGAAUAUGCCACAGGUUCUGUGGUUCGCCUUUUUUGUGGUGUUACCUGUACGUUUACCGUUUUGUGGAGUGUUGUUUUUAGUAGUGACUGCUGGGUGGUUCACGUUUUUACCCUUGUGUUUUCGAUUCGUUCGAAUUUGUAUCGUUACUGUCACCUGUUUUCUCCGUACCUGCCCAGCGCGGCGCGAUAAGGGCUUCAAUCGUGGAAACUGCGGCGUUUGACCGUUUCAAAUGGCCAUAAACACUAGCGGCGGCGCAUGGGCAAACUUUUACUUUUACUUGUUUUA